GAGCCUCCUGUGCGCGGUGACUGGCGGCGGCACUGGCGGCAGCUGGAGGCGUAACAGUGCGGGUCGCGGGCUUGAGAAGUUGGGUGACGGCGGUGGCGCCGGCGUCGACGACGACAGCAGGAGCGGGCCCAGGGCUUGUCGCUCACCAUGCCGACCGUGGAGGAGCUUUACCGUAACUAUGGCAUUCUGGCCGAUCAUAAAGAUGCCUAUCAGGUGAUACUGGACGGUGUGAAAGGUGGUACCAAGGAGAAACGGUUAGCAGCUCAGUUCAUUCCAAAGUUCUUCAAGCACUUUCCAGAAUUGGCAGAUUCUGCGAUCAACGCACAGUUGGACCUCUGUGAGGAUGAAGACGUGUCAAUUCGACGUCAAGCAAUUAAAGAGCUGCCUCAGUUUGCCACUGGAGAAAAUCUUCCCCGAGUAGCAGAUAUACUGACCCAACUUUUGCAGACAGAUGAUUCUGCAGAAUUUAACUUAGUGAACAAUGCCCUGUUGAGUAUAUUUAAAAUGGAUGCAAAAGGGACUUUGGGUGGCUUGUUCAGCCAGAUACUUCAAGGCGAGGACAUUGUUAGAGAACGAGCGAUUAAAUUCCUUUCUGCGAAGCUGAGGACUUUGCCAGAUGAAGUCUUAACGAAGGAAGUAGAGGAGCUUAUACUAACUGAGUCCAAAAAGGUCCUAGAAGAUGUGACUGGGGAAGAAUUUGUUCUCUUCAUGAAGAUACUUUCUGGGUUAAAAAGCUUACAGACAGUGAGUGGAAGACAACAGCUUGUGGAGUUGGUGGCUGAACAGGCUGACCUAGAACAGACCUUCAAUCCCUCGGACCCCGACUGCGUGGACAGGCUCUUACAGUGCACUCGGCAGGCAGUGCCCCUCUUCUCUAAAAAUGUCCACUCCACAAGGUUUGUGACUUAUUUCUGUGAGCAGGUUCUCCCUAACCUCAGUACCCUAACUACGCCAGUGGAGGGUCUCGAUAUACAGUUGGAGGUACUGAAGUUGUUGGCGGAGAUGAGUUCAUUUUGUGGUGACAUGGAGAAGCUAGAAACAAAUUUAAGAAAACUAUUUGAUAAGUUAUUGGAGUACAUGCCUCUUCCUCCAGAAGAAGCGGAAAAUGGGGAGAAUGCUGGUAAUGAAGAACCCAAGCUGCAGUUCAGUUAUGUGGAAUGUCUGCUGUACAGUUUCCACCAAUUGGGCCGAAAACUUCCAGAUUUCCUCACAGCAAAACUGAAUGCAGAAAAGCUCAAAGAUUUCAAAAUCAGGCUGCAGUACUUUGCACGGGGCCUGCAAGUUUAUAUCCGACAACUUCGCUUGGCUCUCCAGGGUAAAACCGGCGAGGCCUUAAAAACAGAAGAGAACAAGAUUAAAGUUGUUGCAUUGAAAAUAACGAACAAUAUCAAUGUUUUAAUCAAGGAUCUCUUCCACAUUCCUCCUUCUUACAAGAGCACAGUAACGUUAUCUUGGAAACCAGUUCAGAAGGUUGAAGUUGGGCAAAAGAGAGCCAAUGAGGAUACAACUUCAGGUUCACCACCCAAGAAAUCUACCGCAGGACCAAAAAGGGAUGCCAGACAAAUUUAUAAUCCUCCCAGUGGGAAAUAUAGCAGCAAUUUGGGCAACUUUAAUUAUGAGCAGAGAGGAGCCUUCAGGGGAAGUAGAGGUGGCCGAGGUUGGGGAGCACGAGGAAAUCGUAGUCGGGGAAGACUCUACUGAAUAAGACACCACAUUCUUCAGCAUUGUCAUGAGCUUAAUGUACUUAAAUUCUACUACUCAUUGGAUUGCCGGGGAUGUCCCUUUAAAAGGACUGCUGCCUUCAGCUAAAACUUUAAUGUUCUUUAUACCUUUGUAAUGUAUGAUCUACUUUUGUAACAGACCAUGGUUGUGUCCAAGGUAGAACCACAGCGAUAUUUUUGGAUGAUUUGUCCACAGUCAACUUGUUUUUGCAAUAUCAUCACUAUUCAGAAUUCUUAUUCUGAAUCCUUUACUUUUAAACAUCUAGAUAAUGUUAUGGAGAGCUGUUCAAGUCUAACAUGUAAGAAAUCCAGCCUAGUUCUGGUAACUGAUAAAGAUUAUCAGUUUUGAAAAGGUUAUAGAUUUUCGUCUUCCCUGUCUUGGUUUUUGCCCAGUAUAUGAAGAAGAGUACCUGUCAGUCUUAACAUUUUAUUUUCGUUGUUUUUUAAUAAAGCUGCUAAGCAAUGAUGCAGCAUUCCUACCAUGUCAUAACAGCAAGAUAUUUACCAGCUUUCCUAAAAUGUAGAAAUAUUACAUUUUUAGGAGAAGUAAGCUGCCUUGCACUGCUUACUACUUAACUCUUCUCCAUAUAUUGUGAUGCAACCUUUUGAAUAUGGGAUAUUACUAUUUGAAUGGAAAUGUGUAUGUAUAAUACACAUACACACAUUGCAUAUGUAUAUGUGUGUGUGUGUAUGCAUGCUGUGAAACUUGACUACACACCAUAAAUCAUUUUUUAAAUUCCAGGAAUGGGCAGUCUUUGACACAGUGAUUAUCCUUUUUAGGCAGAAUCUAUUAUCAACUUGUUAUCUAAGUUUUUACUUACGGUAGUGAGGGAUUUUGAGUUAGUUGUACUUAGAUGACUAUUGUUAUUUAAAACUAAAAAUAAAGGCUGCAUUUUCAAAAAUAAAUUUGGAAAACCCUACUGUUGAAAUACAGCCCAGAUAUUGAAUCUGAUAUACAUACAGGUUUCUACAAGAUAAAUAGUAUAAUUUGGAGAUUGAAUAACCAGGGCUACCCAGAAAAAGUGACUUAAUAACAUAGCACCAAUAACUAAGGGAUGUUCUCUCCGUUUGCUUUUGCCACUUUCAAGUUUUGUAACUUCUCAGGUUAUUAAUCGAAAUUAUUGUAUAAGUUAGCCAAUAGAAUCUAUAGGUUAAAACAACAGACGGGGGGUUUGUGGAGUGUUUAAUGUCAUGGGCAUUUUUAGUAGUAUAGAUCCUUUGCUCUUCAAUUUGAAUGUUUAUAUAUUUUUGUUUCACAGUUAAUCUUUUUCUCUCCAAGUUUGCUAUUCAAAUCAAAUGCCUGAAUGACAUUUCUAGUAGUUUGACAUAUUUUUUGAGGAAUAGUUUGUGAUUCCAAUGCAGGUGUCUUUAUUAAUGUUACCUCUACACUGGGGAAAAGCAAACCCUUUUGUUAGAAUUACUGCACAUGUUUAUGGAGAAAAUAUUUCUAAAAGGCUGGGAUGAUUGAGUGAGCAAACGAGGUUGGUCAGCUUGACUAUGGAGUGGUGGCAAUAAUCUCUAAACAUUCCAGAAGACUGUAAGCUGAACCUAAGCUCCCUCGGAAUCCAGACAGACAUAGGAACAUGGAAUUGCCAUUUGAAAACUGUGAUCAGCUAGUCUGAACCUCAGAGACAGAUCAGCCAGCGGCCCAAAGCCAUUUCAAGUACAGAAACUGUAUUGGGACUACAUCUAUAUAAAUUUGAAUAAGUGUAAUUUUUCCUCUUUUCUAAGCAUAUUUGUAAACUCAAAACUGAAAAGUGACUUGUUUUCUGAAGUUUGAUACUGAGUUGACUGUUCCCUCCCUUACCACCUUGCUGUUCUCCUUCCCUUUCUUGAGGCAAUAGUGCACAACUUAGGUUAUUUUGUGUUAAUUCAAUUUGAAUUAAAAACUUCAUGCCAUAGAUUUUUUUUUCUUUUGCAAGACACCUGUUUAUAAUUUUGCUUAAAUGUAAAUGUUCCCUUAUGCUUUUGAAAUAAAUUUCCUUUUGUAACUUU